AUGGACGCGCGGUACGGCUUGGAUCGGGAACGCGGGCCGCCAUUAUUCAACCGCAUCUGCUCGAGACGCGGGCCGAUCGUUAAAACUAACCGAUCAAUUACGAAUCGACACGCGCGACGUAAUACUGAGAUCCGGUCGGGCACGCACCGAAAGAGGCCGCUGCGGCCGCGCACUUUGUACUUUCAUUCGGCCUUACGGCGUGUCGCGUCGCGGCUCGUGUCGCGCCGUGUCGCAGUCGCGGCCGUGACGCGUCAUGACGCGUCGCGACACGCCGUGACGCGUCGUGGCACGGCGCGCCAGCUCGCGUCAAGCGGCCGCGCGCUCUUCGCGUCGGAAACUCUGGAAGGCGAGGGGCAUCGCGUCAGUCAGUCAGCUUUUCAU